ACCACCUCAUCUCCCGUCGUGGAGGCUAAAGAAACCACGAUCGGCAGCUGCAAAUAGCGGAGCUGAUCGGAAGCCGAGAGCCGGAGAGAGGUUCCAAGGUUUCUGAAGCCAAUCCAAGAACUGGACUUUCUUGGGACGGGCCGGCCAUGGCGCCGCCGGAGGACGAAGGGGAGGUCCCGGCGGCCGCGCUGCGCGUGCCAGAGCACGUGAUCGCGCGGGUCUUCUCGCAGCUGGACUGCGUCGACCUCCUCAGCUGCUCCCUCGUCUGCAGGCAAUGGUUCAGCGACUCUGCGGAGCUACGGGAUGAGUGGAGAAAGGAGUACCUGGAGGCCUGGAACCUGCAGGGUCUCAACUUCAAGUCAUGGCCGCAGUCGCCGUGCCCGACUUGCUCCAUCCGAAGCCUGCAAACCUGGUGUCCUUGAACUUGCUGGCUUCCUUUCAUGCGCUCAGCAGACAGAGCAGAGCACCGGAGUUACAUUGUAGAUGAGCAUUGUCACAAGCAUACUGAAUAGCAGCAACUGUCAUUUCUACCUGCAAAGACUAAUACAUCAUGCAAGUACAUGUCUAAUAAACAGUAUACUCAUACAUGAUGAGUGAGCACGGUUGUGCACUUGUACAGUUAUAUGCAUUGCAUUGAGUUGGUGUCAACA